AUGAUUUCGCUCACGGAUUCGCAGAAGAUCGGGAUGGGGCUGACGGGAUUUGGAGUCUUCUUCCUCUUCUUCGGGAUGAUUCUGUUUUUUGACAAAGCUCUUCUGGCCAUCGGCAAUGUGCUGUUCGUGGUGGGCCUGGCCUUCGUCAUCGGUCUGGAGAGAACGUUCCGCUUCUUCUUCCAGCGACACAAGCUGAAGGCCAGCAGCUUCUUCCUGGGGGGCGUCCUGAUCGUGCUGAUUGGUUGGCCCAUCGUCGGCGUGCUGCUGGAGACUUACGGCUUCUUCCUCCUCUUCAGGGGGUUCUUCCCAGUCGUGGUGGGCUUCAUCAGGAGGAUCCCGGUGCUCGGCGCUCUGCUCAACCUGCCCUUCAUCCGCUCGUACGUGGACGCUGUGGGGGAGAGCAGCUCCAUGGUAUCCAAAGAGCUAACUUGGAGCACUAUUACCGUUUUUCUGGCUGUGUCCUAUGGUCCCAAAAGGACACCAUUACCAAAAGGAGCCAAGACCCAGGACAAGUUCCCAGCUUUAGGACCCCAGACCCCAGACCCAAGACCAGCGCCAGAGUCCGGCUUCAGGACCAGGCAAAAUGACCGGUUUGAGGAAGAUCGCAGCCACGUCUGCCCUGACGGCACUCCUGCUGUGUGUGUCCUACUGCUACUGCGCGCCCAAGGUAAACUCCUACUGCCACUGCUACUGCUGCUACUGGAGGUGGUGGUGAUGGUGGAGGUGGUGUAG